AUCCGAAACAAUAGUAGGUUCGGCUAAGAAGACAGUUGGUUGUCUUGAAUGGCUUUGUUGCAUAUAGCAGGUGCUAAAUCUGAGGGAUAAACUCAUCGGAUGAAUGCUUAAUCCAGCUUUAAAAGGCCCAGAGUAAUAGUUUCCGAUACCAUGAAUUUCUCAGAUGUCCUCAAACAGUCAAAUCAAUUGUGCAAAAUUUCUCCAGAUGGAAAAUAUGUGGCCACCUGUGUACAGUACCGUCUGAUGGUGCGGGAUAUCAUCAAUCUUCAGAUUGUGCACCUGUACUCAUGCCUGGAUCAAGUGAUGCACAUUGAAUGGUCCUCUGACUCUAUGUUCAUCCUUUGUGCCAUGUACAAGAGAGGACUAGUGCAGGUAUGGUCACUAGAGCAGCCGGAUUGGCAUUGUAAGAUAGAUGAGGGUUCGAUUGGACUCGUCUCAUCACGCUGGAGUCCUGACGGGCGUCAUAUUCUCAACACCACUGAGUUUCAUUUAAGAAUAACUGUCUGGUCCCUAUGCACAAAAUCUGUAUCCUACAUCAAGUACCCUAAAGCCUGUCAGAAAGGAAUGGAUUUCACAUCUGAUGGCCGUUACAUGGCUCUGGCGGAGCGACGGGAAUGUAAAGACUACAUCAGUGUGUUUGUGUGCGAUGACUGGCAUCUUCUCAGACAUUUCGAGAGUGAAACUCAAGAUUUGGCCGGGCUGGAGUGGUCUCCUAACGGCUGUGUGCUUGCAGUGUGGGACAGCUGUCUCGAGUAUAAAAUUUUAUUAUAUUCGCUGGACGGCCGUCUGUUGUCCUCAUACAGUGCCUACGAGUGGUCUCUUGGCAUAAAGUCUGUCACGUGGAGUCCCAGCAGCCAAUUCCUGGUCAUUGGCAGUUAUGAUGAGAAGGUUCGUAUCUUGAAUCAUAUCACCUGGAAAAAGAUCAAAGAGUUUCACCAUCCAGGAACCAUAAACAACUGUAAAAAAGCUGUAUAUAAGGAAGUGGAGAACACUACUGUUGUGGGCAGUGAUAAUCUUUCUAUUCAUCAGUUGACUGGGGGUAACUCACUCUUCAGCCCAAAGAGCAAAUAUGAGAUUAUACAACUGCCAGCCCAAGUGCCAGUGAUCAAACCAGAUCUCGACCGGGCCAACCCUAAAAUCGGCAUCUCUGCGAUGGCUUUCAGCGCGGAUAAUCGCUACUUGGCUACAAAGAAUGAUAACAUGCCUCAGAGUCUGUGGGUGUGGGACAUGCAGAAACUCUGUCUACUGACUGUACUGGAACAGACGGCUCCAAUACGGUGCUUUAUCUGGGACCCAAGCAGACCCCGACUCGCUCUCUGCACCGGAAACACCAAAGUUUAUAUCUGGUCACCAACUGGUUGUGUGUCUGCGAAUGUGCUUGUGGAAGGCUUUUUUCAGGUUCAGUCUCUGUUAUGGCAUCCCAGUGGCGGCUCAAUCGUCAUGAUGUCAAAGGAGCAGUUCUGUAUAUGUUACAUGGACUCCGAGGAUUAAAAGUAAACCAAAGCACUACAUCAUUGAGUACUUCCAGGAGUUGGAUUUUACAACUGUAGGACCGGUUUCUAUGAAUCCUGCUCUCAUAUGAUUGUGACCUUCAUGGAGAGAUCUACAGAACAAUAGUGAACACACUGUGCCUGCAAUAAUACCUCAGCAUGUCAUCUUGGGUUUUUACAUUUAUUGGGGUUAUUACUGGAUUAUUUCAUCUCAACUAAUAUAAUGAAAUAUUCCAAAGUUAAUUGAUAAAUCAAAAUUACAAUUGUCUUAGUGGGUAGAAUUUUACUUUUAAUGACAAAAAAGAAAAAUGUGAUAGUGAAAAGUGUGUAUAACAUGAGUGAAGCAUUCACUUAGAAGUGCUGUUCAUGACUAUAGACAUAGCUGUUAUGCAUUAAGGCCCAUCAUCUUAGAAAGCAUCAGAUUUAUGACACUUUAAAGUUACAGUGGGUUUUAGCUGUAUGUGAUUUGAAUUCAAUAAUGUCUGUUGUACAUGUUGUAUAGGUUUUUUAAGUAAAAAUUUUUAUUUUAUAGGAUUUCUAAUAAAGGCUAUUUGUAAUAAUCUCUAAAAGACGCUUCAUUGUCCUUUAAAACGUUUGACUUGUGAAAUGAAAGCUCAUCUUUGUUAACCUCUUAGGCGUCACCCCACCCUUUUGAGUGGGGGGGGGUUUGAAGUGCAUCUUAAAAUUAAUAUAACUCUGGCAUUUUUGGUCUAGAAGCUUUAUACAGAAUUUUUUCUUGCAGUUUACAUUUAAUACAAUAAAUAAAAAUAAUCAAAUAAAAUAUUAAUUUUAUAAAAAAAAAUUAUAAAAAGUUAAUAUCUCAAAAAAGUAAUAAUGAAAACAUGAAGCCAUAAGUCUCAAGCGGUUGAAAUCCAAAUUUUUAGUUAAAAUCACAAAAAAUGAGGUUUGUGUCUAGUGAUGGGAGAAAUGAAGCUUUCGAAACUUCGAAUCAAUUGAACCAAUUGCUUCGAAAAUAGAUUCAGUUUUUCGAAGCAGUUCGAAACACCACACACGCUAUUGACCCCUGCUGGUCAAAAUAGUGUAAAAGCAGAUAUGUCCAAACAUUUUACACUUUUUUUUAACAAAAUAAUAGCAAGAUUUUUAUUAAAAUGUUAUAAACAGUUAUUUAACUUAAUUAAGACAUAGUUAAAAGUGUAUUAUGUGUUUUUAGUUUUAUUUAGGUCAUACAAAUCAUUAAAACUAACUACCCUUUUAAUUAUGCACAUUUUUGUCAUUAAAUCUGUCUAUAAACAAAAAGUAGACAAAAUUGUAGUGUUAUUAGUCAGAAGGAUAAAUGUUUUAUGAACUUGCAUAAUUAAAAUGACCUGAGUUCACCUAAACAUAUUAGAACUGGUCAUUUGUGAUCGACUC